AUGACGACUCUUCCACCCUCGGUCACUGAGAACCGCCAUAUCCCAAACGCCCGCGAUUCUCCCAAGCUAUUAUCCACCGACUCCUUGCAGUCGCACCCUGUUGCCUCAGCCGCGAAGAGCACCCCCUCGGGCAAACGCGGCAGCGUACGCCGCAUGUCCAAGCGCGACCGCUACACGGCGGCCGACCUCGACGACGACAUGGCGCUAGCCAAGAGCAAGGUGCGCAUGCCCUGCGACGACAACAGCCAAAACACAUCCAGGGCCGCAGCCGCGGCUACGACCGCACGCACCACACCCAACGUACACACGGAGUCGGCAGACAACAUCGCUGAGAAGGCGCAGAUUGCUGCGCUGCGCAAAGUCGGUCUGCUGUACGACGACGCGAGCCCACGCGACCGCCGACUUACCCUCGACAACAUCUCGCACGACGAGCCAAGCUACGUGAUUCGCCCCGCAAAGCCGCGGGCGCGAAAGCACGGUGGCACGGGUAGCGCCGCGUCGCCGAGUCUUUCAUAUUUGGACCUUGGCGAAGACGAGAGCCUGAUAAAGUACGGCCUAGCACUGUCAAUGUCCGAGGCGGACGCAGCAGAUGCGAGUUCGACGCUCACCUCGCCGGCGUUGCGAGCGAUCCAAGAGAUGGGAGACGCCACUUUAGAGAGCUGGGUCAUUCUCGAUAACACGGACGCCUAA